AGUACUUCUAUUUAGAAAGCCUCAAGAAAGGAACCAAAUCCCUCUCUCUCUCUCCCCCAGCUGCUGCUGCUGCUGCCUGCUGCUCCCCCAGCAGCUAUUGGAGCUCAGCCAUCCAGAAGUCCAGAGCACUAGCUGUUCAUUGAUAAGAGUCCCCUUCUGCUUCCCACACACCACAUAUCAAUCUUUGAUAUAACCUCCCGAUCUGCGGUACUUUCGGCAUCGGAAACCAAAGAUUUCCACCGAUCCAUCGUUUUUCUCCCCUCAAGCACCAGCAAAAAUUCCAUCUUUAAGCGGGGAUUAACGACGCUGCUUUGAGUAGAAGCCAGCUUUAUGUCAGAUUUCUAGCGUAUCUUUAGCUGGAUUAGAGUAGCACUCUGUGAUACUUCAGUUUCAGCAAGCAAUCCGAAAAACAGAAGCAGCAGCUUCAGUGCUUGCCCAAACCAAUAAUAUCUUGCUAGCACUGGUGAGUUGAAUCAAUGGGCAGAGGCAGAGGCAGAGGAAGGAAGCUGACUAUUGCCAGGAGCCACGAUGAGAAAGUAAGCAGCGGCGAAGAGGUUGUGCCUGCAAGGAAGAGGAGGGGAAGGCCGCAGAAGCACUUCGCCGAUAAGGUUGAACAAGUCGAUGUCGAAAAUCUUGUUGAAGAUGGCGAUGGUGGUGACGAAGAUGCCAAACUGAAAGCUAGUGCUGGUAGCAAGAGAGGCAGGCCACUGAAAGAGAGCCCCAAUGUUGUCCUGGAAGAGAACAGCAAUUCUAGUGUUCGAUCAAGCAGCGAUGAAUCUGCUAGGACCAAUGGGUUCAGGCAGAUUGGGAACCGGAGGAAAAGCACGCCCCGGCGAGCAGCGGAAGCAGGCCUAGAAUGCAAGUGAGCCAAUGAGCCAUCGAUUCCCAUACAAUUUUCGGUACCAGGUAGUCUUCAAAAUUUUCCAUCCUGGCCUUUCAAUUAGUAGUUUCGCAAUGAUGCAAGAUGUAAACAAGCAUGUACUGAGUGCUCAGAUUUGUGUUCAUGUUGGCGCAAAAUGUAUGGACUAGUUGUACACCAACGUACCUUGUUCGGCUGUUCUACGCUUAGCACUGUUUUCUGGUCUGCUUUUUGCAGAGUUUUACUUGGGAAUAGCUAGAGAUUCUAGUAGUAUUGCAGUUUU